UGGAUAUAGUAGAAAUUAAAAUUUAUAUAAUUUAUGGAAAGAGGUGUACAUCUUCUAUGAUAUAAUGUAGGCGUCUAAAAAGCUGCACUCAAACCGAGUCAUUUAGCCACAUCAAGUAUUACUCCAAAUUGUGCUAAGAAUUCCGUGUUUAUUUUACAAAGUCACGUAAACACAUUUUUGAAGAUAUAUAUCUUUCUUCCUUAUCUUCUCCUUACUACAUCAACAUGAAUCGUGUACUGAUAUUCUUCGCUCUGGCCGUGGCUUGUAUUGUUGUUGUGGAUAGCAUGCCACGUUAUAGAGCCGCUGAAUUAUUUGAACUCUAUCCGGAGUUAUAUGAAGCUGUAUAUGGGCCAGCUUUAAAUAAUGUUAAGAGGCGUUUACACGGAGGUCCUUUACCAGUGGCAACUCGUUUAGCUGGAGGUUUUGGGAACAAAAUCGAAGGUGACCGCAAUCAAGCACCAGAUUUCAAGGGCAUGAGAUUUGGCCGAAAAUAGAGCUAUAUGUCAUUGUUUUAAAUAAUUAUAACGAAUUAUUAAUGAAUAAACUGAUUCUAUUAAAUUCGUAG